ACUCUAGCUCUCAGAAAGCAUUCAAUAUACCUACAUACAGCAUACAACAAGUCAGUUCAGUUCUAGACAAAUUCAAAGUAGAAAGUUAAGAAAACACCAACAGACACAAUGGCAUUCGGUGACAGCGUAUUCGACCGUUUGGAUGAGUGGACUAAAGGCGAAGUGAAGCCCGGAGAAUUGGGCCGCAUCUUGGCCAUUCUUCUGAUCCUGAUAGUAAUCUGCAUAGCCAUCGUCACUGUGGCUCGCAUCGUGGUGUCUCUGGCCAUACCAACCUUGGUUAUCGUGGCCCUUUUGCUGGCCUACCACAUCAUCACUCCUUCGGAAAUGCAAGAUGGUGUCAGGGAUAUUCCCGAUAUUCUAAAAGCGUGUACGAACUUUAUAUCUGGCGUGUUUUGCAAGUUGAAGACGAACUAAAAUCCUUGCCAACCACGUAUGGCUUGUAAAUUGUUUAUAUAUUUGAUAUAUAGUAGAUAAUACGCAGAAGAUUUAUAUGAUCAACCUAAUAU